UGUCACGUUGCACGCAGUUCAAGACGCAACAGUCCCAUAUAAAACACUCCACCGUAAACGAUCACAACCCACCAAAAUCCAAUUCCAAUCCGAUCCCGGUUCUGAAAAAACCCGAAUUUUCUCAUGGGGCAGUCUUCGCCGGAAAAGCUUAUAGUCGUCACUAUCGAGUCGAACGGAAUUGGGUUCGUCACGAUCAACCGGCCCAAGUCUCUAAACUCACUGACGAAGGCCAUGAUGACGGACCUAGCCCAAUCCAUCAAGGCCUUGGCUCGAGACGAUUCGGUCCGGGUCAUCGUUCUUUCCGGGUCGGGUCGAGCAUUUUGCUCCGGAGUCGACUUGACUGCGGCGGAGGACGUUUUCAAAGGGGACGUCAAGGACGUAGAGUCUGACCCGGUGGCGCAGAUGGAGCGGUGCAAGAAGCCGAUUAUUGGAGCCAUAAAUGGAUUCGCGGUCACGGCUGGUUUCGAGAUCGCGCUAGCUUGCGAUCUAUUGGUGGCUACUAAAGGAGCUAAGUUCAUGGAUACUCAUGCUAGAUUCGGGAUAUUUCCUUCGUGGGGACUUUCUCAAAAGCUUUCUCGCAUUAUAGGACCCAACAAAGCUCGAGAAGUAUCACUUGCAGCCACACCCCUAACUGCAGAGGUAGCUGAGAGAUUAGGCUUUGUGAACCAUGUUGUUGAAGAGAAUGAAUUAUUGAAUAAAGCCCGAGAAAUUGCUUUGGCUAUUGUAAAAAAUAAUCAAGACUUGGUGUUGAGGUAUAAGGCAGUGAUAAAUGAUGGCAUCAAGCUGGACCUGGGUCAUGCUCUUUCAUUAGAAAAGGAAAGAGCUCAUGACUAUUACAAUGGAAUGACCAAAGAGCAGUUCAAGAAGAUGCAGGAAUUUAUAGCAGGUCGCAGCUCAAAAAAGCCUUCUUCUAAGUUGUAGACUCUCUCUGUUCUUUUCUUCUAGGCAGCACUAAUCCAUAUGUUUACUUGGAUCUCAUACAUACAGUCCUUUCUUUGAACUUUCUUAAAGUUUGUACUUACAGUUCAUCAAGUCGAUCAGAAAUAAAUGGAGGGGAAAUAAAAUGUAUAUUUGAUGUAUGAAAAUGGAAUGGAACUGGAGGAAAUGGUUAAAAUUUAUCAAA